CUCUCUUCUUCCAAAAUCUUUCAGACAACACCUCCAAAAACCUCCUCUGGGCACCGACUCUAAUGCGAUUUUUGGCUUGUCAUGGCUGCAGCUUGAAAAAUUAAAUCGAUUAAAACGUUUCUCACAUUCUAUUAUUCAUUUCCCCCCAAAAAAUUCCAGAAAAUAGCACCUUGGCCAAACCCUAACUAUCAAGUUAUUGUCGUUGUCGGUCAUAGUGAGAAGAAUGAUUUUUCUUCUGUCAUUUUUCCUUUUCCUUUUCUAGAAAAUCCCUUAAAUCCUCGAUAUCUAGUCACCAACUCUUAUGCCCUCUUCUUUUCCUCCUUUUGUGAUUUCCAUCUUCUUCAACAAAUCUAAAGGUAGUGUGAUGGGUAUCAAUGGAAGGAAAAGAAACUGAGGGAAUGUUGAAGAUGACGACAGAUAAGAGACAACAGAAGCGAAUCAGAAGUGACAGAGAAGACGAAAGGGACAGGCUGAGUGAGUUGCCUGACUGUGUUGUGCUCCACAUAAUGGAAUUUAUGGACACAAAAUAUGCUGUACAGACUUGUGUCUUGUCUAAAAGAUGGAAGGACCUUUGGAAGCGUCUAACUUAUCUUGGAUUCAAUACAACCCUCUUUAACAAUGUUGUCAAAUUCAACAAAUUUGUGUCUCGCGUUCUGUCUGGCCGAGAUGGUUCAGUUUCCCUGCUCAAUCUUGAAUUCACGCGUUGCGGUAUGGCAGAGCCCAAGCUCUUCAACAGGCUGAUGAAAUAUGCUGUGCUGCACAAUGUUCAGCAGUUUACAGUAUCUCUAAAUUUAAGCUUCAGACAGAGUUUCGAGUUUCGCCCCUACAUCUUUUCCUGCGAGUCCUUGACAUUUCUGAAGCUUUCAUUUAAUUCUUUUGACACCUCGAUUGUAGCACUUCCAGGAUCUCUGAACAUGCCAGCAUUAAAAAGCUUGCAACUUGAGGCUGUCUCUAUUACUGCAAGGGACAAUGACUAUGCUGAGCCGUUUUCUACCUGUAAUGUGCUGAAUACUUUGAUACUUGAUGGUUGUUCGUUGCAUAAAGAUGCAAAAUUCCUCUCUAUAUCAAAUUCUAGCCUCUCUAGUUUGACCAUAAGUGGUAGCUUUGAAGGAGGAGCUUACAAAAUUGCGCUUUCUACUCCAAACCUUAGUUCUCUCACAGUCACGGGUCAUAAUAAUCACACAAUCUCCUCCGCAUGCAAUCUUUCUUUCCUUGAAGAAGUAACCAUUGACACCCUUGGUUAUACACUUUUUCCGAAUACAGACUUACUCAUCAUAAGCUGGCUGCAAGUUCUCACCAAUGUAAAGAUACUGAGGCUCUAUUCGGGUACCCUUCUGACAAUACUACGGGAUAUAUCAAAUCCUGUUUCGGUGAGUACUCAGCCUCCCUGCUUUGUUCAAUUGAAGUCAUUGAUUUUGGCGAACCAACCAUCUGCAGAUAUAUCUUUUGACCAACUAAAGAGAGCAGUGGAGUACCUACUUCAAAACUCUCCACAACGUAGAAUUGAUUAAAUCUUCAGGUUCCUUGUUCAUACAUUGUUGAUCCAGGCCCUCAAAGGAUCCUAUGUGGCUCAAUUUGGUGAGAGAUUUUUUGUUGGCUUCCUGUAUUACAUGGCCUAGUACUGUGUAGGUUCUUAAUGUCUUUAAUAAGAUUGUAGUUUUGACCUAAAACCAAGAAAAUAUUGUAGUAAUGAUGAGUAGCUGGAAGCUUGGAACUGUUCCCUUAACUAAGGAAAAUAACAGUUUGAGAAUUCAUCUCUACUAUCGGUUUUCUUUUCAUUUUUAUUUUAUUUCUAAUCAUAUCCUUGAC